AGUCUCCAUUUAUUUAUUCGGAUUCAGAAGCUGUUGAUGUAAAGUCAGAAAUAGGAGAAAUUUCAGAAGAGGAAUCAGCCACACUUAAAAAUAAGAAGGGCAACGCAAUUGAAGAGACAGAAUAUGACUCUAAGAAGAAGUCAAACAAUUUACAACCUGAACGGGCAAAGAAGAAGAAAGCAAAAUCAAAUACAAAAAUUCUGCUGGCCUUAGAUGUAGAGCAUUCUCUUGAAGCUUCCUAUAUUUCUGAGACACCAGUUGUAGAAUUGAUCUCAACAUCAAAAUCCAUCACCGUCAAGACUAAAGCUGCUGAUGAAGUCCUGGAUAACAAUGUACCCAAAAGUACUCUGAAUUCAAAACCAAUAGCAGAAGAUGACGAUGGAAAUUUGGAAAAGACUCCUAGGGGUACAAAGGAAAACAAGGAAGCCGCUUCUACGGAAAAGGUAACAGAAGAAGUUGAGAAAGAGAUAACAGCUCUCUCAGAUGAAAAAGCCAGUGAAAAUAAUGAGAACCCACCACAGGAGUUUCAUAUGGAUAUGAGGUUGUCAGAAGACAUGUUAAGAUCAGUAGUAGAAAAGUCCAAGUUAAUCCCUGAUACUAUGCUAAAAAAGAAUCAAGAGAAAUUUCUCAAUGAAAUACAUAAUCUUAUGAUAUUCUUUAGAGAUGUGGGUAGAUACUAUAUUGAUGCAAAGCCUUUGAGAGAUAGCUUUAUAAAUGGAGUUGCACAAUCUAUCCAAAUAACCAAUGAUAAACUUUACAUUUCCAAAGAAUAUCUUGAAUCAAUCCUUGAUAUACCUUCUGAAACAGUCCACACAUUAAAGGAAUCACAUCGUCGUUUUGUUGAAGAAGAGAUCCCCAAGUUGUUUCGUCUAUUAGAUACCUUUGGUGGUGUUACCAGAAGAGAUAAAGAGUGGAAAACGUACGAUAAUUCAAGAGGUUAUGUAAUGGUUGCAAGUGGUAAGUAUUUGUGGAUGGCAUAUUUAUCGAUUAAGCAAUUGAGAGCGACCGGAGCAAAGCUACCUGUUGAGAUCUUUAUCCCCACUUCAAAGGAUUAUGAUACUCGAUUCUGCAAUAGUAUACUUCCCAAGUAUAAUGCAAGAUGUACAAUAUAUUCGGCUGAUUUGGAGCUGGAAUUGGAGCAAUUAUUUGAAAUAGGUGAAAGACAAAAAUCAAUUCUUGCCUUAUUACAUUCAAAAUUUGAGAGUGUAUUAUACUUGGAUCCUGAGGAUGUUCCAUUGACCAAUUUGGACACGAUAUUUGAUACACGGGCAUUUCAAGAGAAUGGUUUAAUCUUUUGGCCCGAUGUUUGGUCUAGAACAACCAGUCCUAUAUUCUACAAUAUAGCUCUGGUGCCAAUUUACCAAAAUAAAGUAAGGUAUAGUAGUUAUGAUCAUGCAGAUUGGAAACGUAAGGAAUUGGAUGAAAUGCCUGGUCCUGAUUACUACAACUUUGAAAACACUCAUUAUCAUUCGUUUGAAGGAACAAUGCCUGACCCAACAAUGCAAAAUGGUGCAUUUGUGGUUAAUAAAACUAAGCAUUUGAAGACUCUUUUGCUUGCUCUUUAUUAUCACGUACAAGGAGAUAAAUAUUACUAUCCAUUAUUCUCACAAGGUGCCAAUGUCCAUCCAGAACUGGAAGCACUUGCGAUCGCUGCACAUGUACUUGAAAUGCCCAGUUUCGUCGUACAAAGAAACUUUGAUUGGUUUGGGUAUGCUUCCAAGAAAGAUAGUCAAAUUAGGGCUUAUGCCUAUGGGCAUUUUGAUCCUGAUGGAACAGAGCAAGUUGUAUUCUUACAUCUCAAAUCUCCAAAGCUUUUCCCCGAGCUUCUUGGAGAAAAAGAAGACGAUUUGGUGUAUACAUCUGGACCUGCAAAAGGGGAACAUAUCCGUAAGUUUGAACAUAUAAAUGCAAGAAUAGGGUACGAUUUUGAUUUACGAAUGUUCCAAUUUCUCACCCAGGCACUUUGUGCAAACUACUACGAUCCCAAGUCCGGAAAACCAAUUGAUGGGACUCCUGGAGUAGACAAAUCGGAAUACAUGGGUAGUCAUAUCAAGUAUUUGGGGUUGAACGUUAUGGAAAACAAGAAAUUGUGUACCCAAUUGUUUAUUCCACAUCUUCAAGGCUUGAAGAAGACAACCGAAUAUCCAAACACCAUUAUUAAUGAAAAAAAAGUGUGA